GUCGUUGGAUGUUUCAGCUGCCGGUCUGUGUCUCCACCAGCUGCUCCGGAUCACAGCAGCUCCUGUGAGGCUGCAGCAUCCCGCUACAUUCCUGAGGACUGGAGCUCACUGCGUCCCAAAGGUGAAGGUGCAGCAGGAUGCAGGGUGUACUAUCAGUGUGUGGACUACAGCCCCUGCUGGCCCUCCUUCUGCUUCAGACUAUGGGCUAUGGUGUAACUAAUGCAGAGACCGUGGUGAAUAUGAGGAAAGUGACCCAUAAGACCAUUAGCGAGGAGCUGUCCAGAACCGUUCUCCUCCCCUGCCUCUUCACCCUCCGCUCCAGUGCCAGUUCAUCCCAAGAACCCCCCAGGAUCAAGUGGACCAAGGUUUGGGGCCAGAGAGGCUCUGAUGGCCUGCAGAAGGAACAGUCAGUCCUGGUGGCUAAAGACAAUGUGGUGAAGGUGAAGAAGUCCUUCCAGGGCCGUGUAACUCUGCCUGGUUACAAUGAGAACCGUUACAACGCCAGUCUUGCUCUGUCAGGACUUCGCUCCAGCGACUCUGGUCUGUACCGCUGUGAGGUUGUGGUGGGCAUCAAUGAUGAGCAGGACACAGUUCCCCUGGAGGUCACAGGUGUGGUGUUUCACUACAGAGCCCCUCAUGACCGCUACGCCCUGUCCUUCACUGACGCUAAGAGGGUUUGUGUGGAGAACUCAGCAGUCAUCGCAACUCCAGGCCAGCUGCAGGCUGCCUUUGCUGAUGGAUAUGACAACUGUGAUGCUGGCUGGCUGUCUGACCAGACUGUACGAUAUCCCAUCCAGGCACCUCGACCUGGCUGCUAUGGGGACAGAGAGGACUUACCUGGAGUCCGUAACUAUGGCCUUAGGUCUACAGACGAGCUGUUUGAUGUCUACUGUUUUGCUAAGGAGCUUCAAGGUGACGUCUUCCACUCUGCAGUUCAGGAGAAGUUGAUUCUGGCCACAGCCUCCAUCCACUGCCAUUCCCUGGGGGCCCAGCUGGCCACUGUGGGGCAGCUCUACCUGGCCUGGCAGGCCGGCCUGGACCAGUGCGAUCCCGGCUGGCUAGCUGACGGCAGUGUCCGUUACCCAAUCAACGUCCCACGGAAGAACUGUGGUGGAGAUGAGCCUGGGGUGAGGACUGUCUACAACAACCCCAACCGUACUGGCUUCCCCGACACCACAGCUCUGUUUGAUGCCUACUGCUACACAGCCCACCAGCCUGCAGGGGUCCAGGCUGCAGAAUCACAGACAUUCUACCAGAGCACCAACUCAGCAGCAGAGGACACCUCCUUAGUCACUCAAGCCCAGAACAGAGCCCCUUUCUCCAAGAUAUCCCCCUGGACUGAUGAGGGUGUUUUGGACAAAGCAGGAGCCAACUCCAUCACUGAAAUCAACAAUUCCUCUGAAAUCUCUGAAGAGCAUGUAGUUGUCCACCUUAAUCCAGCAGAGAGCUGGAAGGAGGAACAAGACGAAUCCAGAAACAGCCUGGAGGAAUCUAAUAGCACUAUAAUGAACAACUCCUCAGGAGAGUCUGAUUUGGAGACCCAUGGAGGAUCUGCCCAUGAACAAGAAGAUGGAGGCCAUUUUGGAUCAUCUGACAGCGCUACAUUAUCCUCUGUAGUUUCUUCCACUCCUCAUUCUCAGACUAGUAACAGCGUCUUGGCUGAGUUCGUUAACACUCUAAUGAAGCCCUUUAGAUACUGGAGUAAAGGUGAAGGGUUGGAGGAGACUGAUGAAGGGCAUGUGGUGUCUGAGGAACAAACAAGAGAGAACCAGACACAGGGAGAAGCAUCCAGCAGAAACCAGAGUGAACCAAAACUCAAUGCAAACAAAGGCAGCAUGGAGAAUGCCAUCAUGGAGCACAGGAGUGGUAGUUUUUCUUUCAGGGCUCCUACCAGUGGACCACAGAGUCCAGAGGAAGGUCUGUCCGAGCAAGAGAAAGAGGUGAUGCCACUGGUUCGAUUGGUGCCUGCAGUCCAGAUCACAGGGCAAAGAGACACCAGCACUCAGCCAGGAGAACGAGCCUCCAUCCCCUCUGCUGACAACAAUACACCUGCUGUUCACGGCUUCACUGCAUCAGGUCCUAAUGAGAGAUCAACCCCCAGUGAGCAUGUCAACAUAUCCAGACCUCAGGGUCCCAUAGGAAACUCAACCAAUGACCCUGCCCCCAGCAGCCACUUUCAUUGGACCAUAAAGUCAAUUCUCGGCUCUAAACUAGGACCCCCAGGGAAUGUGGCCUAUGUGGGCAAACGUCCCACCUGGGAGCCUAUGGAGGCCAAAGCUGGACCUCUCGAGGUGAUGACCCUGCCAAGCUCCCUUAGACAGGACAAUUUGGAAAACUUUUCAGGCCAGGGGAGGGACCAGGAUGGAGAUGAUGCAAACACUCCAGCAGCUUCCAGAACUGCAUCGGGGGAGGAGAGGGAAGUGGAGGGGAGUGGAGAAGGAAGCAACUUCCCUGCGGGGUUUGGACUGAAAGCCAACAAUAUGGGCAUCAGUGGUGUCAAACUGAGUCCUGGAACAGAGACUUCACACGGCCAAACCCAAACUGAGCUUCUGACAAUGGCAGAGCACACAACUCUGUCCAACUGGCAGCUAUACCAACAACCCACCACACCACCUCAGGGUUCCCAGGAGCCAGAUACAGCAGAGGAGGCCAAAGGAGAGAUCCUCUAUGUCUACAGGCCCACAGAGAACCUCCUCUCUGCUUCUUCAGGAAGAGGAAAGGGUAGUUUAAGUUUUACUUCUGUUUUUAGGAGGAACAAAACAAGCAUGGAUAGAGAGGGGGAGGUGUCUUCUACUCCUGAAGCUUUAAUGGAGGAGAUGACGACCACAGAGGUGACUUCAGGGCUUCUUCUGACAACCACAGACACUCAGAGGACAGAUCCUACCACCACAGCAACUUCAGAAAAUCCUUCAGACAAAGCCACCACUGGGAAGAUAUCUAUUUUGAAUUCAUGGACUCAGGAAGAAAAUGAGAAAACAAGCACACCCAACUUAAAGGGCCACCCCUCAGCUACUGUUGCACCCAGUGAGGAAUCUCAAACAUCCACAGGCGUCAUUCUUUUAACUACCUUUGCCUCAGACUCGUAUGUUGGUGCAACAGAAAUGGAGUCCAGGUCUGCAGUGACUGAGUCUUUUAUUGUUGGACGUCAGAGGACUCCUAUUAAGGGUGUGAGCACAAAAUUAGAGGAAAAUAAAUCAGCCGAGACGCCAGACAAAAAAGACACCAAAGUGUCAAACAACCCCUUUGGAUUCCUUCUACCUGAAUGGGCUUUUGGACUCAUCCCUUCAGUUGAUAAUAACCCCUGCCAGACCAACCCCUGUCUCCAUGGAGGGAGCUGCCUGCAGGAAGGUGACGGCUAUAGCUGCUACUGUCCUCAGGGCUUCUCUGGAGAGAGCUGUGAGAUCGACAUUGAUGACUGUCAGUCUAAUCCGUGCCAGAAUGGAGGAACCUGCAUCGAUGAGAUCAACUCCUUUGUCUGUGUUUGUCUGCCCAGCUACGCAGGAGCUACCUGUGAGAGAGACACUGAGGGCUGCGAGCACACUUGGAGAAAGUUCCACGGUCACUGCUACAGGUACUUCAGCCGGAGACACACCUGGGAGGAUGCUGAGAAGGACUGCAGGGAGCACAGUGGACACUUAGCCAGCAUCCACAACCUGGCUGAGCACAACUUCAUUAGAGGUUUAAGUCAUGACAACACCUGGAUUGGAUUAAAUGAUCGCACAGUGGAGGACGACUUUCAGUGGACUGACAAGACAGACAUGCAAUAUGAAAACUGGCGUGAGAAUCAGCCAGACAACUUCUUUGCUGGAGGGGAAGACUGUGUGGUUAUGAUCGCUCAUGAGAAUGGCAAAUGGAACGAUGUACCCUGCAACUACAACCUGCCCUACGUUUGCAAGAAAGGAACAGUGCUUUGUGGAGCUCCACCCACUGUGGAUAAUGCCUUUGUUAUUGGUCGAAAGCGCUCCCACUAUGACAUCCACUCUGUGGUGCGCUACCAAUGCACUGACGGCUUCCUGCAGCGCCAUGUGCCCACUGCUAAGUGUCGAGCCAACGGCAAGUGGGAGCAGCCAAAAAUCAUCUGCAUAAAAUCCCGACGAGCCCACCGUCACCGACGCCACCACCACAAGGGAAGGAGGGAGCACAGGAAGCACAAGAGGCACGGCCACAGAGAGGGAGGGCACCACAGAGGAGAGGCGGGGCAGGGCCACAACCACACCCACUUCUGAACCAAAAAUACAUAGGAUUUCUUUUCCCCUCUGCUGCUAACUGCUGAUCACCUGUCCUCCUGUUGUCCCCUCCCUUUUCCCCAUUUACCCCAAACCACACCUAACACAUUACAGCCCAGGACUCCUCCACCAGGCCCCUUCCUGCAUCUCCCUGCUCUGCCCUUACCGCCACCCCUGGCUCUCUGAGUCAGCCUGUAUCAUAGAGAACUCUGAGGCCUGCUUCAAGGCAUCACAAGGACAAUAAUGAGACUGCUUUGAACUCUUAUAUCCCUUUUUCUCCAUUUCAGUUUCUUGUCUUAAUCUCUUUACCUAUGCUCUGACUCAACCCAGUUAAGCCUGGUUUAUACUUCUGUGUUCAAUCUAUGUUGUAGUUAAAUCGUAGUGUCCUAGACCUGCGAGAGCACGACAUGCUCGUGUGUUGGUGUGUGCUACACUACAAUACUCAACUCUAAUACACAUUGUAAAACCAAGCAAGUUGAAAAUACUCAAAAUAUAUGGUUUAACUGAUUACAAAAAAUAUUUUAAGUAAAGGACAAACAUUUUUGAGUAUGACUCAAAUUGAAAAUUUAUUUUAUAUAUUGUUCAUCUAUAUAUUGUCCUUUACAUAUUUUAAUUUUGAACAUGCCACCCAAAGCAAGUAGCAAAGGCUGAAAGGAGCACUUUGACCAGAAAAUUACUCUUCCAUGGAGUUCAGAACAUCAUCCUUGCUACAUUUAAGUUGCUCCCCACAGGCAGGACUUCUCUAAUCUAGUGGGUAACUUCACUCUUGGUGCAAAAGUUUCCCAGUCAUUCUGGGAAAACUAUGCAGAUGAAGGGAUGACUGUCAAAAACUUUAAAUACAAUGAUAAAAAAUACUUGUACUUGAGUGAUCAAGUACUGUUUAUUAUAAAACUAAAAAUCGGUCCUAUUAACUCUGAAAAAUAGAGCUGAAAUUGCUAUUUUGAAUUUUUUUACUUAACACAACUCAUUUAUUUUAACAGACUUUUACUGUUUGGUCCUACAGUGCACUAGGUGGCAAUACAAGUUCAAUGCCAAUCUUACAGUGCCUAUAAAUGGUAUUCACUCCCUUAGAUGUUCAACCCUUUAAUUGGUUUUGUUAAUCAAUCAUGAUCAGAAUAAUGUGGCUGUUUGACCAGAAAAAACCUCUUUACUGUCAAAGUGAAAACGGAUUUCUACAAAGUAAUUUCAAUUAAAUAAAAACAUGUAAGGUAAAAUACUUAAUUGUAUAAAUAUUUGCCCUCUUUAAAGGGACUGAACUAAUUCAACAGCAUUCCAGCUAAUUGGUGCUAAUAGUCUCAUAACUGGUGAAACGGGGAUCACCUGAGUGCAGUGGUUGUCUCUAAAGUAAUUUUAGUAUAAAGACAUUUGUGGAUGGUCCAGUCACUAGAUAAUCAGUAUUCCUGGCUACUAUUACACCAUG